CAUUUGUGUGAAAAACAAAACCCCAGAAAAAAAAAGAAAAAAAAAUCCCCCAAAACAAGCUUAUGAAAAAUUGAAUAUUGAAUCUCAGUCCGAAUAAUCUCUGGUUUUCUCGAACAGUGUUGUUUUCCGCUUCCCGCCUACUUACAUUUUCCUAUCUUUCACUCCAACUCCACCAUGGGAAACUCCUCCAAAGAUGAUUCCGCCAACUCCGGUGACGCUUCUCCCGGCGACGUUCCUCCUUCUGAUACCAGCACCUACUCUGAGGGCGAAAAAGUCCUCGCAUAUCAUGGUCCUCGCAUCUACGAAGCAAAGGUGCAAAAGGCUGAGAUAAGAAAGAAUGAAUGGAGAUACUUUGUUCACUACCUCGGCUGGAAUAAAAAUUGGGACGAAUGGGUAGGUGAGAGCCGUUUAAUGAAGCUUACUGAAGAGAAUGUCGUGAAACAGCGGUCUGUAGACAAAAAGCAAGGUGCAGACAAGAAUGUUAAAUCUGGACGUUCAAAUCAAGCAAAGGCCAAAAGUUCUACAGAUGCCAAAGUUGAUAAAGAAGACGUCAAGAAUAAUGUGUCAAAAGGAAAAAAGCGAAAGAUUGAUUCAGGAGUUGAGAAGGGCAGUGGGACUGUUGAAAAGCAUGUUAAGAUUCAAAUUCCUGCACCGUUAAAGAAACAACUUGUUGAUGACUGGGACUUUAUUAAUCAGCAAGAUAAGCUUGUUAAACUUCCUCGUUCACCAACUGUUGAUGAAAUUCUGACAAAGUACCUUGACUACAAGUCAAAGAAAGACAGCACGGGGGCUGAUUCAACAGGAGAAGUUUUGAAAGGAAUAAGGUGUUAUUUUGAUAAAGCAUUGCCUAUGAUGCUCUUAUAUAAAAAGGAACGCAAACAAUGUAGUGAAGCAGUUGUGGACAAUAUUUCUCCAUCAACCAUAUACGGGGCUGAACAUUUACUUCGCCUCUUUGUUAAGUUACCCGAGCUUUUGGCGUAUGUGAACAUUGAAGAGGAAACAUUAAAUCGAUUGCAGCAGAAAUUACUUGACUUUCUCAAGUUUUUGCAGAAAAAUCAAAACACUUUUUUUCUUUCAGCAUAUGAUGGGACAAAAGUCUCAGAAGGAAAAGGCAAGGGGAGAGAUGAAUGAGAGACAAUGUUGAUUCUUAGUCUUCCUCAUAUGUUGUAUUCUUAAUGAUUGACAUCUAUCUUUCCCUUGAAAAUUUGAGUCGGGAACGCUGUUGUUGUAAAAAUAAUAACUCAUUCAUUCUUUAAUUUUUGAAGUUUUUACACAAUAUUUACCAAUUGAAACAUA